UUCAGAGGAAACUUUCAACAAUAAUGGUAGCAACAACAACAAUUAUAAUCAGUAGUAUUAUGAUUUGUUUAUUUCAUGAUCACAAUCGCUGUUCUUAUAAUAAUAAUAGGAGGUAAUAUAAAAUUAUUUUCCUAUCACUCAAAAGUGUUAUCACUGUCCUAACAUGAAAUAUAAGUUCAAUUUAGCAAUGAUAAUCCCGUUAUCAGCAACUGUGGCGUUAUCUCAUGCACCGGAAAAAAAGAGAAAAAAAGUCAUGCAUAUAGAAAAAAAAGGGAAGAGAUAGAGGAAAGAAUAAAUAAAUGAGGAAAUUUGUCACGAAAGAAAUGGUGCGUGAAUACAAAGGAAAAUUAUUUAUACCAGAAGUUUAUACAAUGAGUACUGUCAAUAUGAUCCUCGUAUAUUAUCCGUGAAAAAAGGAAAGGGGGGGAAAGAGAAAAAAAGCAGAUAAAAAACAAAAUAACCAGAAGUGUUAAUCCAUGGUUUGAGGAAGUAGAGAUAAGAUUUGUCCCAGCUCGAAUCCAGCUCCGGCGCAGAUAAGGCUCGACUCAUGAGAACGAGUCAGUGUUCGAGCGGAGGUCGCGAGAGACGGAGGUGCAUUUUUGUCGGUCUCGCGCGUCCUUCUCCUUCAGUGAGUCCCGUUGGUUGUGACUUGACUUUAGAGGUGCCACUUCAGAGCUCUCUUUCUCUAGUCCUGUUUCAAGCGCUUCUUUUUUAAUUUUCUUUUGAGAGAGAGAUCUGUGCGAGGGAGAGUCAUGAUAAAGAGCGUGGCAGAGCUCAGGUGGACGAUAUAAGAAGCAUUUGAUGGUUCUCUCCAAGCCGUCAUGAGCGACACCUUUGCCGAGUCGAAACCAAAGACAAAGUUUUCAUUCGCGGGUUAAACUGAGAAUUGUUUUUUUUUUUUCUUUUUUUUUCUUUUUGGCAUUCGAGUGUCCGAAAUGGCAUGAGUUGCAUAUUGAUCUCGGUGAUAGUGAGUGGGAAGUUAAAGUUAGCCUCUGCAACAAGGUUUGAACUCGGUCUUUGUUGCAAGAGGCAAUAUUCGCCCAAACUUCUCUGGUGUCCCCCCCCCUCCCCCCCUCCAUCCCAAAGUGCUGUUGAAUGGACCAAAACGAAAGUUAUUGUUAACUCUUAAAUGCUGCAGAACAUGAUCUCACCACCAGAUAUCAAGAAUGUGUAAAAUGGCCCACACGUUAGAAAUCGCUGGCGCAGGAACAUUUAGUGAAUCAGUGAUGAAUAUCUGAAAACUAUUCCGAGAACAAAAACAGUCCAUUGACAGUUGUGUCUCUCGGCCGGCAUUUCCUCCAGACCUGCACUUUGCUCAACCUGUUUACGAUAGACAUAUUUCUUUAUUCCGUUUAAAUCAAUAGCAAUAGAUGAACACAGACGAGAGAAGAUUCAGAGCGUGAGAGUUUCGAGUUCCGGAUCCCGCCUCGAAGCACCAUGAAGCACCUCGUCGCCCUCGCCGUCUGGUGUAUCGUCCUGGCGGCGGCCCUCGCCACGUCCUCCGGCAAAAGGCAGCCCGGACACGCGUCGCCUUCCGACCGCCGCCCCACGCUCUACAGGCACGCCCUCGGGAGACGCCUUAGGAGCGGCUCCGCCGAGGCAAGGGCGGCUGAUCAGGAUGCCGUGUUGGCCAUGCUCCUGCAGAGCACCAACACCUCGGUAGAGGAGAGCUUCGAGGCCGACGAGAAGCCGCACCGGCCCAGACACUCCUCGGCCGCGGUAGCGAAGACCUCGUCGGCCCUUGAACACGCCCUCGGCGUCAGCAGCAGCAUGAGCAAAAGGUCGUCGACCUCGCCGUCGCCGCCUCCCUCGUCGGAGCUGGGCAACAAGUGCACUUCGGUGAAGGCUGCGGGCACGAUGCGCACGGGGCACGGCGAGCCCGACCGCGUAAUCGACAUCGCCGUCAUCACGCCCUGCAACGCCACCGACCAGUUCUCGCGGCUGCGGGUGAUGCCCGUGGUGGAGCUGGCCGUGCGGCACCUGCGGCGGACGGGCCUCAGGGGGCCGCUCUCGAACUACACCAUCAACGUCAGAUACAGAGACUCCUUCUCGUCCUCCACCUACGGCCCGCUGGCGGCCGUCGACCUCUACUUCAACAACGCCGCAGGUGAGUACAAAGCUUAGUCUGUCUCUCUUCGGCUGUUAGUAUGCCUGACGCUUCCAUUUGUCUUGGGAUUCCCAGGAGGCUUCGUCAAUAACAUCGCCAUCUGCAUCUUCAUCCCUAUUCUCAUCCUCAGCCUUCUUCUCCUCAUUCUCCUCUUCCUCCUCCUUCUCCUCAUUCUCAUUCUCAUUCUACUUCUACUUCUA